AUGCCCCAUUACCCACAUUCGCAUGUGUUCGUUGGCCCUACACAGACCGUUGACAUUGCAGGCCCACAUAUACAAGUACUUGACAACGUAACUGGCGUCGUGUUAUUCUCGACCACCGCGUUCUCGAAUGACCAAAAAGAUGUCCUACUAAAGUCCGGGCCUGUUAGAUGUGCUGCUGUAGAUCAGGAGUUCACACAUGUCGUCACGUCCGCGGAAGACAAGAUGCUGAAAGUUUGGCAACUCGACGGAUUGAAAUUGCUCAGCGAGAGGGAACUCCCGAAAAAACCUACCUCUGUCGCGUUCACUGCGGAUGCACAGACUAUUCUGGUGUCUGAUAAGUUUGGCGAUGUGUUCAGCUAUCCUUUCACAUAUGUACCCCUUACAGUGAAACAGAAAAAAGAUGCUCUUUCUUCUCACGAAAACCCAUCUGGAGGUCAGCUCAUCUUAGGACACGCUUCUCCCUUGAACGCAUUCCUGUUGACGCCGGAUGAACGAUACAUCAUCUCCGCCGACCGUGACGAACACAUCCGAGUGAGCUGGUAUCCGAAGGGAUACAAUAUUGAGAUGUACUGCCUCGGUCAUUUAAAAUUUGUCUCAGCAAUUCACAUCCCGAAAUUUGAUAGCGCGACUCUUAUCUCCGGGGGCGGUGAUCCUGUCUUGAAGAUUUGGGACUGGAUGACUGGAUCUGUAAGACAUGACAUCGAGGUAUUAGAGAAGGUCGAACCUUACAUGGCGGUACGCGCAUUGAAACGGAAACGCGGGUAUGAAGACGGAGAGGCUCCCGAGGGAGGCAAAUUCAGACGGAAGAAAGGCAGAGGAAAAGCAAAGAAAAAGGAGGGAAGUACGGAUGCAAAAGAUUCUGAAGAGCCCGAAACUGCCAACGAUGUUCCAGAGGAAGAGCCAAAGUUGGAAAAGGUGUUGGUUAUUCGCCGAAUUCAAAGCGUGAAAUCUGACGCUGGGCCUUAUAUAUUAUUCUCUGCAAUUGGAACGACUGCCGUAUUUUGUUUCCCACUGAAAGCCAGUGUAGCUUCAGUUGACAUCAAGGCUUUUGAUUUCGGUCGACCCGUACUGGACUUCUCUGUGGUAGGUGAACAGACAAUCGUCGUCAGUCUGGACGGGGAGUGGAUUCCCGGAGAAGGAGAAAUGGCAACAGCCAACGACAACGACAUGAUCAAAAUCCUCGGAUUUGCAGGAGGAGAGCUGUUCGAAAAAGAAGAGUCGCUGGCAGUCCUGGCGUCAUCGCUAAAUUCGUCCUUGGUUUCCGCGACGGCUGAGGAGGUGAAGAAGCUGGAUUUGUACGGUGACCUGACAUCCAUGCCUAAAUAUGCAUCGGAUGGCGACAUUGAAGGCGAAGGGGAUACAACAUUGCCGAUCGGUGCACCCGAGCUUUCGUCGUCGGAGACCGCGAAAGGGAAGAAAGGGCAGGUUGAACUAAGCAAAAAGGAGCUCGGAAGAAUAAAGACAAAACAGGCUGUUCUUGCGAAAGCUCAGAAAAUGGAGGUUGAUGGGGAGACAAAGACAGAAGAGGAAGAGGCGCCCGAGUCGAAGAGGGCACGGUCGGACGGAGGGAGUGGGAUGGGCGCCUAA